AUGGUUCUUGCUGCUCGUUGUGGCCAGGCGGCGUCCCUGCUGCGCCAGCGCUGCCUCGUUGAGGCUCGCCCGGCUCUCUCCCUGCGCGCCUUCUCCUCUUCCGUCCGCUCGACGGCCUCGACCCUGCGCCUGCAGAAGCUGCCCUCGCCCGCGCGCUCCCAGCAGCUGCGUUCAUUCUCCAGCACUCUGCACCGUCUGGCCGCCGAGGCUCCUCCGUCGUCCGAGUCUUAUCUCGCCAGCGGUGUGGUGAAACCCAGCAGUAACCUCGUCGAUGUAAAGAAGGUGCUGGUCAUCGGUAGUGGUGGUCUGAGUAUUGGUCAGGCCGGAGAGUUCGAUUAUUCCGGCUCCCAGGCCCUCAAGGCCCUCAAGGAGGCCAAUGUCCAGUCCGUUCUCAUCAACCCCAACAUUGCCACCAUCCAGACCGACCACAAGCUUGCGGACGAAGUCUACUAUCUGCCCGUCACCCCCGAAUAUGUUACCCACGUCAUUGAGCGGGAGCGCCCUGACGGUAUUCUGCUCAGCUUCGGUGGCCAGACUGCUCUGAACCUGGGUGUGCAGAUGAACCGCAUGGGUAUCUUUGAGCGCUACGGCGUCCAGGUUCUUGGCACCAGCAUCAAGACUCUGGAGACCAGUGAGGACCGUGAGCUUUUUGCCCAGGCCCUGAAGGAGAUCAAUAUUCCCAUUGCCGAAUCGAUUGCUGUCGGCACCGUCGACGAAGCCUUGGACGCUGCCGAGCAAGUCGGGUACCCCGUUAUUGUGCGAUCCGCCUACGCUCUGGGUGGUCUGGGUUCUGGAUUUGCAGCCAACCCGGAAGAGCUGAAGAACUUGUCGUCCCGUUCCCUGUCUCUCGCUCCCCAGAUCCUGGUGGAAAAGUCCCUCAAGGGCUGGAAGGAGCUCGAAUACGAAGUCGUUCGCGAUGCGGCCAACAACUGCAUCACGGUCUGCAACAUGGAGAACUUCGACCCGCUGGGUAUUCACACUGGUGACAGUAUCGUCGUGGCCCCGAGUCAGACACUGUCCGAUGAAGAGUACCACAUGCUCCGCACGGCCGCCAUCAAGAUCAUCCGCCAUUUGGGUGUCGUUGGCGAGUGCAACGUCCAGUACGCCCUGCAGCCCGAUGGCCUUGACUACCGUGUCAUCGAGGUCAAUGCCCGACUUUCUCGCUCGUCGGCUUUGGCCUCCAAGGCCACCGGUUACCCUCUUGCCUACACCGCGGCCAAGAUCGGCCUGGGUCACACCCUGCCCGAGCUUCCUAAUGCCGUCACCAAGACAACCACCGCCAACUUCGAGCCCAGUCUGGACUACAUCGUCACCAAGAUGCCUCGAUGGGAUUUGAGCAAGUUCCAGCACGUCAACCGGGACAUUGGAAGUGCUAUGAAGUCGGUUGGAGAGGUCAUGGCUAUUGGCCGUACCUUUGAGGAGUCGCUGCAGAAGGCCAUCCGCCAGGUCGACCCCAGAUACGUUGGCUUCCAGGGUGACCACUUCGAGAACCUCGACGAGGUCCUGCAGAACCCAACCGACCGUCGCUGGUUGGCUGUCGGCCAGGCCAUGCUCCACGAGAACUACUCGGUGGACAAGGUUCACGAGCUGACCAAGAUCGACAAGUGGUUCUUGUACAAGCUCCAGAACAUCGUGGACUGCCACCACGAACUCAAGGAGAUCGGCAGUCUCUUCGGUAUCAAGAAGGAAAUCAUGCUGCAGUCGAAGAAGCUUGGUUUCUCGGACAAGCAGAUCGCCCUCCUGGUCGGAUCCACCGAGGAUGACGUCCGUGCCCGUCGUAAGUCCUUCGGUAUCACUCCCUGGGUGAAGAAGAUCGAUACGCUGGCUGCCGAGUUCCCCGCGGACACCAACUACCUCUACACUACGUACAACGCCUCCUCGCACGAUGUCACCUUCGACGACCACGGCACUCUCAUCCUGGGAAGUGGUGUGUACCGUAUUGGCAGUUCAGUCGAGUUUGACUGGUGUGCUGUUAACGCUACCCUGUCUCUCCGAAACAUGGGCAAGAAGACCGUUAUGAUCAACUACAACCCCGAGACGUACUCCACUGACUUCGAUACCGCCGACAAGCUGUACUUCGAAGAGUUGAGCUACGAGCGCGUUAUGGAUAUCUACGAGCUCGAGAGUGCUAGUGGUGUUGUUGUCUCUGUCGGUGGUCAGCUACCGCAGAACAUUGCCCUGCGCCUGCAGGAGACUGGCGGUGCUCACAUUCUGGGCACCGACCCCGCCGACAUUGACAAGGCCGAGGACCGUCACAAGUUCUCCCAGAUCCUGGACAGCAUCGGUGUCGACCAGCCCGCCUGGAAGGAAUUGACGUCCGUUGCUGAGGCUGAGCGCUUUGCCGAGUCUGUCGGCUACCCUGUCCUGGUUCGCCCUAGUUACGUCCUGUCCGGUGCCGCUAUGAAUGUUAUCUACAGUGUUGAUGAGCUCAAGGAGAAGCUUCUCAACGCCAGUGCUGUCUCCCCCGACCACCCCGUUGUUAUUACCAAGUUCAUCGAGGGUGCCCAGGAGAUUGACGUGGACGCUGUCGCCUCCGGCGGCAAGCUCCUGCUUCACGCCGUCAGUGAGCACGUCGAGCCUGCUGGUGUCCACUCCGGCGAUGCUACCCUGUCCAUCAUGGGCCGCGUGAAGGAGAUCGCCGAGAAGGUUGCCAAUGCCUGGAACAUCACCGGUCCGUUCAACAUGCAGAUCAUCAAGGCCGACCAGGAGGGUGCUGCUCCUCAGCUCAAGGUGAUCGAGUGCAACCUCCGUGCGUCCCGCUCGUUCCCCUUCGUCAGCAAGGUUCUGGGCACCAACUUCAUCGACGUCGCCACCAAGGCGCUCGUCGGCCGUGACAUUCCCGAGCCCGUUGACCUCAUGAAGACCAAGCGUGACUACGUGGCCACCAAGGUGCCCCAGUUCAGCUGGACCCGUCUGGCCGGUGCCGACCCGUUCCUGGGCGUCGAGAUGUCCAGUACUGGUGAGAUUGCUUGCUUCGGUAAGGACCUGGUCGAGGCCUACUGGUCCUCCCUCCAGUCGACCAUGAACUUCCGCCUGCCGGAGCCCGGUGAGGGUAUCUUGCUUGGUGGCGACAUCACUCAGCCCCACCUGGCCAAGGUUGUUGAGUACUUGAACCCUCUGGGUUACAAGUUCUUUGCCGCCAGUCCCGACGUCAAGGCCCACAUCGAGUCCACCGCCAAGGACAACGUCUCGGUGCAGGUGAUCGAGUUCCCCAAGACCGACAAGCGUGCCCUCCGUGAGGUGUUCCAAAAGUACGACAUCCGUGGAGUUUUCAACCUUGCCAAGACCCGUGGCAAGACCCAGCUGGACGAGGACUACGUGAUGCGCCGCAACGCGGUCGACUUCAGCGUGCCCCUCUUCAUGGAGCCUAAGACUGCCCAGCUCUUCGCUCAGUGCAUGAACGAGAAGCUGCCCCGUGGUGAGGGUAUCCCCUCUGAGGUCCGCACCUGGUCCAACUUUGUCGGUGGCAAGCUGCUGUAA